AUGACCAGGGCGUCAAGCAUCCCGGAUCCGGCAUUCAACAAUAUGUAUGCCGCCACCAAGGACAAUAGCACAUUGCAGGCCACCGUGCAUACGGUAUAUGAAGUUGGGUGUCUCCUAGGUGCGGUUGUCGCACUCUUCAUCGUCGAUCGGCUCGGUCGUCGUUGGAUGAUCAUAUCCGGUGCGAUAAUUAUGAUUCUCGGCGUGAUUAUUCAAGUUACUGCAAUCGAAGACAAGGUUCCACUCGUGCAGUCGUUUGUCGUUGUUGGCGUUUUCAUUAUAAUCGGCAUGUUUUAUCUUCCCGACUCACCCCGUUAUCUUAUCUCCAAGGACAAGGUUGAAGGUGAAAGGGUACUUGCUGCCCUUGCGGGCACAGAGAUUGACGACCCUGCCACCUAG